AUGCAUCUCCCCAUCACACUCACUCUCCUUACUCUCCUCUCCCUCCUCUGCAUCUCCCUCGCGGCGCCCACGCCCAAGCCCACACCUGCAAGCAAAGUCGCCACCAGCGACAGGCACCAAGUCAGCUGGGGCCUACUCGCCAACGGGCCCGCCUUCACCGGCAAACCGGUCCUCCUCGGCGCAGCCGGCUCGACGCGCCUCCGCUUUGAGCUCAAGCUGGGCGCGGACGGCGUUGUCGGUGCGCAGGUCAUGGACUAUGUGACUGAGAGUGGGGAUGAGGAUGAAGUCGUCUAUAUGUUCCAGUCGGCUGAAGAUGGGGGGCUGAUGUAUGGCCCUGAGGUGAAGGGGAAGGCGGGGCCGUGGGGGUAUGAAAAGAUGGAUGGGAACUGGAUCCUGGCGCUGGAUGGGGAUGUCCAGGCGAAGGCCGUUUGGAGGGGGGAGGAGGGGGUGUGGCAGGUGUAUUUUGGGUGUGAUUCUGCGGCGGAGGAGGGGGGUGUGGAUGUUCUGCUGGAGGGGCAUAUCUUGUAG